AUGGCCAAAAUCGCUGCCCUGGCUUUACUCGCCGGCCUGGGACUGGCAGACGACUUGUACACUCCGAAACACGAGGCCGGACGUUGCGCCAUCCGCGACCACUGCGGGAAGAAGAGCUUCUUCGGCAAAGAGCUUCCCUGUGUCGACAACGGUCUCGCCGAGGACCCCGACAAGGAGCUUAGGAAGCAGCUGGUAGACCUGUGCGGCCCCAAGUGGAAUGACGGCCCGGUUUGCUGCACCAAGAAUCAGGUCGAUUCCCUCAGAGAUGAACUGUCCACCGCGAAUACCAUCGUAUCGUCAUGUCCUGCCUGCAAGGACAACUUCUACAACCUCUUCUGUACCUUCACCUGCUCUCCUGACCAGUCGCUCUUCAUUAAUGUCACAAACACCCUCUCCAAGAACGACAAGACGCUCGUCACAGAGCUCGACCAGCUCAUCUCUGCAGACUAUGGAACCGGUUUCUACGACAGCUGCAAGGAUGUCAAAUUUGGGCCAAGCAACAGCGAGGCCAUGAAGCUCAUCGGAGGCGGCGCCAAGAACUAUACGCAAUUCCUCAAGUACCUGGGCGACGAGAAGCUGGUCGGUUCGCCGUUCCAGAUCAACUUUCCAACAUCGUACAAAGAGCCGAAGAUGGAUCCUCUCCCCAUGAAGCCCAAGAAAUGCAACGACCAAGACCCCAACUUCCGUUGCGCCUGCGUUGACUGCCCGCAAGUGUGCCCUGAAUUGCCCCAGGUCGAAGAGGCUGGCUCGUGCAAGGUUGGCGUGUUGCCAUGUCUCUCGUUUGCCUCCAUAUUUGUCUACAGCAUCCUGCUGUUGACACUCGUCGUGGCAAUCGUCGGUCACGUAUGGUACCGCAAGCGGGCUGCGCGUCUCCAAGAGGAGAGAACCCUGCUCCAGGGUGGAAUCGAUGCCAGCGAUGAUGAGGAUGACGAGGGCCGGCUCGUACAGAACGGCGCCAUGUUCGAUCGGCCGACCAGACCCUACAGGCUGAACACAUGGUGCGAUACCGCCUUCUUCAAGCUUGGUCAUUGGGCAGCAAGAUUCCCCGCCAUCACAAUAUUCAGCUCCCUCAUUGUCAUCAUUGUCCUCAGCGCUGGGUGGGUGCGUUUUGAGAUCGAGAAGGACCCGGCCAGACUAUGGGUCGCUCCGACCUCAUCUGCCGCCCAGGAGAAGGAGUUCUUUGACUCCCAUUUCGGCCCAUUUUACCGAGCAGAGAAGGUGUUCCUCGUCAAUGAUACCCUUGCUUCGGGGCCAGGACCGGUUCUCAACUAUGAGACGUUGCUCUGGUGGAUCGAAGUUGAGAAGAGCAUUUCGCAGCUUGAGAGCGAGACUUUCAGGAUGAGGCUGAACGAUGUGUGCUUCAAGCCAACCGGGUCUGCUUGUGUUGUUCAAUCGGUGGCAGCAUAUUUCGACAACGAGCCUGCGCUUAUAGACAAGGAUGGCUGGCAAGACAAGCUACGACAAUGCGCACAAGCACCCGCGGAGUGCCGACCAGCCUACGGUCAGCCCUUGGAGCCGAAUAUGAUUCUUGGUGGCUACUCGGACACAAACGACGUCGUCGACGCCCCUGCGACGACGGUGACUUGGGUUGUCAACAACUUUGCAGAAGGGACACCCGAGCUUGCUCGGGCUAUGGACUGGGAGAAGGCCCUGAAGAACCGCCUGCUUGAGGUUCAGAAGGAAGCGGCUUCCAGGGGUCUCAGACUGUCAUUCUCCACGGAAAUCAGCCUGGAGGAGGAGCUCAACAAAACCACAAACACGGAUGCCAAGAUCAUUGUCAUCAGCUACAUCAUCAUGUUCUUAUAUGCAUCCAUCGCGCUCGGAUCCACGACACUCUCCCUCAGGGAUAUGAUCAGAAAUCCUGCAGUCAGCAUUGUCGAGUCCAAGUUCUCUCUCGGUGUGGCUGGCAUUGUCAUCGUCCUCAUGUCGAUCAGCGCAUCUAUUGGUCUGUUCUCCUGGGCGAACUUGAGGGCUACGCUCAUCAUCGUCGAUGUCAUCCCAUUCAUCGUGCUUGCUGUCGGUGUCGACAACAUCUUCCUCAUUGUCCAUGAAUUCGAGAGGGUCAACAUCAGGAAUCCCGACGACGAUGUCGAAUUGCGUGUUGCCAAGGCGCUGGGUCGCAUGGGUCCUUCUAUCCUCCUCUCUGCGAUCACCGAGACGGUAUCCUUCGCUCUUGGUGCAUUUGUCGGCAUGCCAGCUGUCCGUAACUUCGCCAUUUAUGCGGCUGGUGCCGUGUUCAUCAACGCACUCUUGCAAGUCACGCUCUUCAUUUCCCUGCUCUCGUACAACCAGAAGCGGGUUGAGGACUCCAGAAUGGACUGCAUCCCUUGCAUCACUAUCAAGGCGGCCAGAGUCCAUCUGAACGGUAGCAACGGCAAUCUGGGCGCGCGGUUGUAUGAGGCGCCUGAAGAAGGUUUCCUCCAGCGGUUCAUAAUUCGAUACUAUGCGCCAGCUAUUUUGGGGAAGAAGGUAAAGGUGGCCAUCGUCGCAAUCUUCCUCGGCCUCUUUGCCGCCGGCGUGGCUUUAAUCCCUGAGGUCAAAUUGGGGCUUGACCAGAGAGUAGCCAUCCCUGAUGACUCCUACCUCAUCCCGUAUUUCAACGAUCUCUACGAUUACUUCGACUCUGGCCCACCGGUCUACUUUGUGGCCAAGGACGUCGAUGCGACAAAAAGGAAGCACCAGCGACAGAUCUGCGCCAGGUUCACGACUUGUGACACAUUGUCGCUCACCAACAUUUUGGAGCAAGAACGCAAGCGCACCGAUGUGUCGUACAUCUCGUCUCCAGCCGCGAGCUGGGUUGAUGAUUUCUUCCUUUGGCUCAACCCUCAAUUCGAGGAGUGCUGUGUAGAAAAGGGCACUGCUUGCUUCGAGGACCGAGACCCGGCCUGGAACAUCACGCUUUCAGGGAUGCCGGAAGGAGAUGAAUUUAUUCACUACCUUCAAAAGUUCCUCUCCUCGCCAACCACCGAGGACUGCCCGCUUGGUGGUCAAGCAUCCUACGGAUCAGCCGUCGUCAUCGACGAAUACAAGGAGACCAUUCCCGCAAGCCACUUCCGCACGAUGCACUCGCCCCUACGCAGCCAGGAUGACUUCAUCAAUGCCUACACCUCCGCCAGGCGGAUUGCUCAUGACGUUAGCCGCUCGACAGGGGCAGAAGUGUUCCCGUACAGUGUCUUUUACAUAUUCUUUGACCAAUACGUUACGAUCGUCGGCUUGACGGCAGGCCUGCUCAGUGCCGCAAUCGGUAUCAUUUUCGUCAUCUCAUCGGUUCUCCUUGGCUCAGCGCUCACUGGUGCGGCCGUCGCGAUCUCGGUAGUGAUGACCAUCGUGGACAUCAUCGGUGCGAUGGCGGUAUUUGGUGUCAGCCUCAACGCUGUGUCGCUGGUCAACCUGAUUAUCUGUGUGGGAAUUGCGGUCGAGUUCUGCGCCCACAUUGCGAGGGCCUUCAUGUUCCCCUCGCGCACCUUCAUGGAACAGGCUAAGAACCGCUUCCGAGGGCGCGAUGCUCGUGCGUGGACUGCACUCGUCAAUGUCGGCGGCUCCGUGUUUUCGGGCAUUACGGUCACAAAGAUACUUGGCGUGUUUGUGCUGGCCUUCACGCGGAGCAAGAUCUUCGAGAUCUACUACUUCCGCAUCUGGGUCGCACUCGUGGUGUUCGCAGCCACGCAUGCUCUGGUCUUCCUGCCCGUUAUUCUGAGCUUCAUGGGAGGCGAGGGAUACCUCGAUCCCGAGAGCGAGGGUGGACUCGAGGAAGAUCUGGCGAGCCGCCGGUUCCGAGCCCUUGUGGACCAGGACGAUAGCGACUCUGAGGAGGAUUAG